CCACCUCCGGUCUACCGAUAUUCCUCCAUCUCCAUCUGCAUUUAUCCAUCCACGGGAACUGAAGGUGAUGGGGAAACGACAUGCGCACGCUCGAUGAUUGAGCAACGCGACUUCCCACCCUCACCACGUCACCACGUCACAUUCUUCACACAUCUCACGCUCGUGCACUCCCCGCUCGCGUGUGCCAUGCACACAUGGCGACAAAGCGGCCCUUCGACAUCGACGGCGACAACGAUGCCGGCUCACAAACAUCGCGACGUUCGCAGGGCUCGUGGUGUGCGCGGGCACCCUCGCAAAGCGCGCGGUCCUUCCAGUCAGACGUCGGCGACAACCUGGCCGCCAUGUAUCACGGGCGCGUGUGCUGGGUGUGUGGUCUCAAAAUCUAUGUUGAGAAGGCGCAUGUCUUUCCCAAAGCGGAUCCGAAUUUGCAUCGCUUGCGGGCACUCGGCCUCCUAUCGCUCCCGUCGUAUCGCGAUACCGACAACGCCCUCCACCUCUGCGGCGGUUGCCAUGCUGCCUGGGACGACGAGCAUCGGCCCGGAAUCCUCAUUGUGCCCACAUACCUCGAUUACUUCUUCGCUGCCGAGGAGAAAUGGCAGGCCGCGUGCAUAUCGACAAACAAGUCCCGUCCCGCCCCAACGACAGCCGCCUACUUCCAGUACUGCGUCUCCCGAGACCCACGCCCAGACCAGAUCGCCGACAGCACGAGAGGUGGUUUAUAUACGUGCUAUUUGGUUGAGGCGUUUCUCCCGUGCUCGGAGACUCGUUCGCACCAGGAGCUUCAUUGGCAUGGCGACCCCAUGGCCAUGAUGCGCCGUGCCCUCGUCGCUGCGACGAAAAUAGUGUGGCCGCCGGAGUACGUUCCGUACGAGCUCCUUGGCCGAUUGAGAGAACUUGACAUGCUCUACUUCAAGGGCAAUAGACUUCAGCGCCAGAUACUCGAACAACAGCCUUCUAUGGCGCCUCCGCCUCCGCCUCCGCCGGCUCCCACCCGCGAUCCUAACGAGCGCUCGGGACCUGACUCCCGUCCCGCACCUAAUGCCCAUCCCGAACACGACGCCUCCGCCGGCGCGCCGCCUUCGUCGUCCGCCUUCCCUGCUUCGAGUGGAACACAACAGCAUGGGGCAGAACUACCCACCGACGGUCCCGAACGCCCACCAUCCCCACCUCUUACCAUGACACCACGACGUCGGAAGCGUCGUUACGACGCUGAUACUAAAGAUAGGCCUGCAUGCAAGCGCAUACGCGGUUAUGCGCAGGAAGCUGAACUUGCUAUUGCGGAGGGGGCGAUGCGGCAUAAUCUCGAUGAGCCAUUUGGGAGGGCAGUAGAUGCGGAUCUUUCGGGACAUUAUAAUUUCGGGCAUGCAGCACAGGAGGAUGUUGGCAAGGCCCCGCAAAGCGCCGAGGAGAGGUACCCCGACACACUCGCCCUUUCCGAACAGGAUCUAGCCAGGUCCUACGGCCGAGAUCUCCAAUGA